AUGCUUCGAGGCCAGGUCAUUCCAUGGAGAGCUGCACUCCAUCGUGUGCCGCACUAUGUGAAUCCUAGGAUAGCCUCCCUUUCAACGCGGCAUUAUGCAAGCACUCGAUUUCCAGUAACUCGCACACAGAUAUUUCUUACAUCGACCAUCGCUUCUCGAACGUUCACAUCGAGUCGCAUCUCGCGCAAAGAAAAGGCGCCACCUUCAGAGGACGCGCCGGAAAAUGCAGAGGACGACGAUGGCUCAACAGAGGGAAAGGACACGACGAAGCAGGUAGAAUCCCGACGGAAGUCUGGCGAUGCGACAGACAAGCACACCUCAACGCAGAUGACUGAUACACCAAGUCGACGGCGGGAUAAGAGCAAUACUGAAAAGGAAAAGGAUGAGCAAGCGGAAGUCACAAAAAAGGGAUCGUCUUCCGAAUCUCAACAAUCUAGAAGUCGAGAUAGCAAAGCUGAUUCAAGCUCACCUGCGCCAAUACCUGUCUCCGGAGGGGGAGGAUCAGAAUCGAAGCCCAGCGGUGGGAACAGUGAUGAUGGUGGAAGGAGAGGCAAGAAGGGAGAAAGGUCACUCCAGAAACCCUUCAUUCCCGAUGUAUACCCACAAGUUAUGGCUAUUCCGAUUGCCAGGCGUCCGUUAUUCCCUGGCUUCUACAAGGCGAUCACUGUGAAAGACCCGAAUGUUGCGGCAGCUAUACAAGAGAUGAUGAAGCGUGGGCAACCUUAUGUGGGAGCUUUCUUGUUUAAAAAUGAUGAUGCGGAUGGUGAUAUCAUUGAGAAUAUUGACGAUGUGUACGAUGUUGGUGUCUUCGCUCAGAUCACAUCUACAUAUCCGUUGAAGUCGGAUGGAGAAGGUGGUCUGACAGCUGUUCUCUACCCCCAUCGAAGGAUCAAGAUCAGCACAUUGCUAGCGCCAAGUGAUCCAGCCCGGAACGGUACCAUUGAUCAGCCAAUCUCGAAGGAUGCCGGUGAAAAGAAGGGAGACGUCGUUGCAAGCUUUGAAGAGGGUGCGGUCGAAGCUCAACCGAAGGAGAUAUACCACUACGAGCCAACAUCAUUCUUACGCAAGCACGCAGUUACCCUUGCCAACGUUGAGAACCUUACAGAAGAGCCAUUCGAUAAGAAGAGCCCAGUCAUUCGCGCUGUGACUAGCGAGAUUGUUAAUGUCUGCAAGGAAAUCGUUCAGUUCAACCCGCUCUUCCGAGACCAGAUAUCUGCUUUUGCAACGGACCACUUCCCCGGAAACCUCGGCGAUGAACCGGGCAAACUGGCUGAUUUUGCAGCCGCAGUGUCCGCUGGUGAUUCUCAGGAGGUUCAAGAGGUUUUGGAAGCAAUGAACAUAGAAGAUAGACUUCCCAAAGCAUUGGUCGUUCUGAAGAAGGAGUUAAUUAAUGCUCAGCUCCAGUCAAAGAUCUCGAAGGAUGUGGAGGCCAAAAUUCAGAAGCGACAGCGAGAGUACUGGUUAAUGGAGCAGAUGAAAGGCAUCAAGAGAGAACUGGGUAUAGAAUCCGACGGAAAGGAUAAGCUCGUUGAGAAGUUUAAGGAAAAAGCAGAGAAACUGGCAAUGCCAGAGGCCGUGAAAAAGGUAUUUGAUGAGGAGUUAAACAAACUUGCGCACCUAGAACCUGCUGCAUCAGAGUUCAACGUUACUCGCAACUAUCUUGACUGGAUUACUCAAAUUCCUUGGGGUCAAAAGAGCGUGGAGAAUUUUGGUAUCAAAAAUGCGAUGGCCGUCUUGGACGAGGAUCACUACGGCCUGAAAGAUGUCAAAGAUCGGAUCUUGGAGUUCAUCGCAGUUGGUAAACUCCGUGGCUCAGUGGAAGGCAAGAUCUUAUGUCUGGUUGGACCCCCAGGUGUGGGUAAGACGAGUAUAGGAAAGUCUAUUGCCAGGGCUCUCAACCGGCAAUACUACCGAUUCUCCGUGGGCGGAUUGACGGAUGUUGCGGAAAUCAAAGGACACAGAAGGACGUAUGUUGGUGCGUUACCAGGAAGGAUUAUCCAAGCUCUGAAGAAAUGUCAGACGGAGAAUCCCCUUAUCCUCAUUGAUGAAGUCGACAAGAUCGGACGCGGUCAUCAAGGUGACCCUUCUUCUGCUCUUCUAGAGUUGCUUGACCCCGAACAGAACUCAUCCUUCCUUGAUCACUAUAUGGACGUGCCAGUGGAUUUGUCAAAAGUUCUAUUUGUUUGCACGGCCAACGUAACUGACACGAUCCCGCGACCUCUGUUGGAUCGUAUGGAACUUAUUGAGUUGUCUGGCUAUGUCGCCGAUGAAAAGAUGGCGAUUGCUGACAAGUACCUCGCCCCUGCCGCUAAAGAACUUAGUGGUUUGAAGGAUGUCGACGUUCGUUUGCAACCAGAUGCAAUCGAGGAACUUAUCAAAUUCUACUGCCGCGAGAGCGGUGUCCGAAAUCUGAAGAAACAGAUUGAGAAGGUCUAUCGAAAGGCGGCCCUUAAGAUUGUCCAGGACCUCGGCGAGGAUGCUCUUCCGGAAGAAGAGGCGCUCACGACGGAAGGAAAGCAGGCAAAGGAAGAAUCUGACAAGGAGAACGUCGACCCCCAAGACGUUUUAAUUGAGCCGGAGAAAGCUACUGCUGAGACUCCUCGCGUUGCUUUGAAAGUGCCAGAAAGCGUACAUGUCAGUAUCAGUAAAGAAGUUUUGAAGGAUUACGUUGGCCCACCAGUCUUCACUUCCGAUCGCCUAUACGAUGUAUUCCCUCCUGGUGUGACUAUGGGCUUGGCCUGGACGAGUAUGGGCGGUGCUGCUCUUUACGUCGAGUCAAUUCUUGAGAAUGCGCUUACCUACUACUCUCGGCCUGGGUUUGAGACUACCGGUAAUUUGAUGAACGUCAUGAAGGAGUCAACCCAGAUCGCGUACUCCUUUUCCAAGUCAGUAAUGGCUCAAGAGUUCCCUGAGAACAGAUUUUUCGAAAAGGCUCGAGUACACUUGCAUUGCCCAGAAGGUGCUGUGCAGAAAGAUGGACCAUCUGCCGGUAUCACAAUGGCAACGUCUUUACUAUCUCUUGCGUUGAAUCAUCCUCUUGAUCCUACCAUCGCGAUGACCGGAGAACUGACAGUCACUGGCAAAGUUCUCCGUAUUGGUGGACUCCGUGAGAAGACCGUUGCAGCUCGUCGUGCCGGAGCGAAGAAGAUCCUAUUCCCAGCGGACAAUAUGUCUGACUGGCUGGAACUCCCCGAGAACAUCAAGGAGGGUAUUGAAGGCCAUCCUGUCAACUGGUACUCAGACGUCUUCAACAUCGUCUUCUCCAACCUAGACAAAGAAGCAGCCAAUCACGUCUGGAAGAAACAACUUACCAAGCCAGCCGAUGCGAAAAAGAGGAGGGAUAAGCACGACGAAGAUGAUGAUUAAUCUGUAUAGAACAACCAAUCGCAUUUCUCGAUAUAUUGUCUCGAAGCAUUGUCAAUUUUCUUUCCUCUUUGAACUCUUUAACCCUCGUUAUCACCGUUAUUAAUCUUACGGUGGUAUAGAAAACGAGUAUCUCUCUGCUGUUGUGGAGGAUGGUGCAUGGUUUGGAGUUUAUUUCCUUGGCUUCUUGUAUCCGGACAUAAUGCUACACUUUUUCUUAUCGUUCUACUUUUCAUCUUCACUUCAUCGCACAUCUCAAUACCAAGUUCUCGACAUGCAUGAUUGGCCAAAGAACGCGUCUCUACGCGCAACACAAUCAAAGUCCUCCAGCAUCUUGUGUGGACCAUUUCUCUCCACAUUGAUAUAUACACAUUCGAUGGGGAUAUAUAUUACCCUUUCUCCAUCGGAAAAUAUCCUCUCCUCUCUUGAAUCAAAAAGACAAUAGACCUG